GCAUUGAAAGAGUAUUGAAGGGAAAUGGAGGGAAAGCCAAGCUUAUGUGAGACCCAAGUUAGCAACGUCCUAGUUUUCCCUUUUCCAAUACAAGGUCAUAUAAACCCAAUGCUCCAAUUCUCCAAGAGAUUGGCCUCAAAAGGCCUAAGAGUGACCCUACUCGCCAUCACCUCCACCAACAAGCCAAUGCAACUCUCGGAAAGCUCCAUCAACAUUGAACCAAUCGAAUUCGAAGAAGGUGAAAAUGUAGCUGGGGUUGAUGAUUAUCUUGACCUUUACACAACAAUAAUACCAGGAAAGCUAGCCAAGCUCAUUGAGAAGAAGAAGAGCUCCCAACAUCCUAUAAAAUUCCUCGUAUAUGAUUCGGGUAGCCCCUGGACUUUAGAUGUGGCUCGAAGUGCAGGCAUAGAUGCAGCUCCCUUCUUCACUCAAUCUUGGGCUGUUAAUGCCAUCUAUUAUCAUUUCCACAAGGGGACUUUGAAACUUCCAUUGGAACAGCCUGUUGUUAAAUUACCUUCAAUGCCGGCACUAGAAGUAAGUGAUUUGCCAUCUUUUGUUCGUGAUACAGAAGCAUAUCCUGGCCUAGGCAACCUUGUACGUUCUCAGUUCACGAAUUUGGAAGAAGCAAGUUUGGUCUUCUGUAACACUCUUGAUAUGUUGGAAGAUGAGGUAAUCAGAUGGAUGUCAAGCUAUAAACCAAUCAAGACUAUUGGACCAACUCUUCCCUCAAUUUAUCUUGACAAAAGGUUGGAGGAUGAUAAGGACUAUGGUAUCAACCUAUUCAAACCAGAUACUGAUGCUUGCAUUAAAUGGCUAGACUCUAAGGAACCAGCCUCAGUUGUUUACAUAUCAUUUGGAAGCUUGGCUGCCUUAGGAGAAGAGCAAAUGGAGGAAAUAGCAUUGGGUCUAAAGAGAAGCAACAAGUUCUUCUUGUGGGUUGUUAGAGAAACAGAACAAAAGAAGCUUCCUACCAACUUUGUUGAAGAGGCAUUAGAGAAAGGAUUAGUAGUGUCUUGGAGCCCUCAAUUGAGAGUUUUGGCUCAUAAGGCAGUUGGUUGUUUUAUAACACAUUGUGGGUGGAACUCGACGCUAGAGGCACUUAGCUUGGGGGUGCCAAUGGUAGCAAUGCCACAAUGGACAGACCAACCAACUAAUGCAAAGUUUGUAGAAGAUGUGUGGAAGGUAGGAAUACGAGUUAGAGUGGAUAAACAUGGCAUUAUCAAAAAGGAAGAGAUUGAACGAUGUGUAAGAGAAGUUAUGGAAGGUGAGAAAAGUUUGGAUAUCAAAAGUAAUUCAGAGAGCUGGAAGAAAUUAAUCAAAGAGGCAGUUGAUGAAGGUGGAAGCUCUGAUAGGAACAUAGAUGAAUUUGUGGCAAAAAUUAUAUGCAAAUAGUUAUUAGAUGUAGCUAAUAAACUCAAAUAUUCUUGAAGUUGUGGGCUAACAUUCAAUAUCACACAUGACACAUUUGGCCUUAGUAGGGCUGAUGUUGCAAGAUUUUAUUAAUGAAUUAAGAUGUGACACAUGC